AUGAAGAACUGGCGGGAUGCGGCAAGUAUUAUUUUGGCAGCUCAUUAUAAAAAUAAUUUGAGUCAACAAUUAAAAACAAAUCCAGCUGACGCAGAUUUUAAAUGGAAAAGCUUGUACAAAAAAUUUGGUUUUAAUGAUAACCAUUUUUUAUCACUACUUCCCAACAACAAUAAUAAUAAUUCAACAUCAUCUUCUUCAAAAUUAAAGCCAAUUAUUUUCGAAGCACAAUCAUCGAACGAAUUACCUCGAGAAGUAUCAUUGAGGAUAACGGCAAUACGCGAAACAUUUGAGGAAUGUGGUAUUUUAAUUGCAGCGUCUAAUGGCAAAAAUUCAGCUCACGCUCAACAUUAUACAAUCACCGGAAAAAAAUUGGUUGAUUGGCAAAAAAAAGUCCACGCUAAUGCAGCUGAAUUUUAUGAAAUGUGCGAAUCGUUACAGUGUUAUCCAGAUUUAUGGUCUCUGCACGCGUGGAGUAAUUGGCUAACGCCAGUGUUUCUUGGUGGAAAACGUUUUAAUUCUAUUUUUUUCAUCGCAUGCUUGCAGUCGAUUCCUGAUGCUCAGUUUGACCCCAAAGAAAUGGAAGCUUUGAUAUGGAAAACUCCUAAAGAGUUGGUUGAUAAAUCAGAAGAAUUCAAACUCGCACCGCCGCAACAAUAUCAAAUCAAUGAAAUUUCAAAAAUUCAUCAGUUGAAUGAUUUAUUGGAUGAAGCGAUUGAGAGGAACGAAAAGGACAUGCUGUUAUAUUAUCCUAUACGUAUUAUAUUGUCCGAUGGGAUAAUUUAUUUGUUUCCUGGCGAUGCAAUGUAUCCAAAAGAAGUUCAUUUGAGUGAAGUAAAUGAUAUCGUUAAAAAUAAUUUAACUAUUCAGGAGUUUCAUGAUCAAUCAGUUGGCCCGAAAAAUCGGAUGUUUAGAAAAGGAAAAAAUGCUGUGAUUAAAGUCUUGGAAUAA